GAGGAGGAGCUGUUCUUGGGGUGUUGUGGAGAGAAGAAAUCUUGAGUGGGAGUUGUCGGGCCGAUUUCUGGAGCGUUUUUCCGUCUGUUCCCACGGAGUACCGACACGCCAGGCGCAGCCAUGCCCGGGAUAGAGAAGCUUCCGCUGGAGGAGGCGCUGGAGGACAGCCCGCAGACCCGCUCUUUACUGGGAGUGUUUGAGGAGGACACAGCAGCCAUCUCCAGCUACUGCACACAGCUGUACGAGGCCAUGCAAAGGAUUUAUGAUGCACAGAAUGAGCUGAGUGCUGCGACACAUCUGACCUCCAGGCUGCUGAAGGAGUACGACAAACAGCGUUUUCCUCUGGGGGGCGACGACGAGGUGAUGAGCUCCACGCUGCAGCAGUUUGCAAACGUCAUCGAUGAGCUGAGCUCCUGCCACGCCGUCUUGUCCACCCAGCUGGCCGACGCCAUGAUGUUUCCCAUCACUCAGUUUAAGGAGAGGGAACUGAAGGAAAUCCUCACCUUGAAAGAAGUCUUCCAGAUAGCCAGCGACGAUCACGACACAGCCAUUAACAGAUACAGUCGCCUGUCCAAGAGGAAGGACAACGACAAGGUGCGGGCGGAGGUGGUGGAGGACGUCUACACUUCCAGAAAGAAGCAGCACCAGACCAUGAUGCACUACUUCUGCUCUCUGAACACGCUGCAGUACAAGAAGAAGACGGCGCUGCUGGAGCCGCUGCUCGGCUACAUGCAGGCUCAGAUCAGCUUCUUCAAGCUGGGCUCAGAAAACCUCACCCACCAGUGGGAGGACUUCCUGGGAACCAUAGGAACCAGCGUCCAGAACGUACGCCGGGAGAUGGAGGAGGAGGUGGGGCAGAUGCAGCAGACCAUCCAACAGAUGGAGAGGUCAUGUGACCCCAUGUAUGCACCAUGUGACCCGGACCCCGUCCAGUCACCUGUUUGUCGCAACCUCACCAGAAAGCAGGGCUACCUUUACAUCCGCAAUAAAACGGGCCUGGUGUCAUCGUCCUGGGAGCGUCAGUACUUCUUCACGCAGGGAGGGAACCUGAUGCAGCAGGCCCGGGGCGAGGUGGCGGGCGGUCUCGUCACGGACCUGGACAACUGCUCCGUCAUGGCUGUCGACAGCGACGACCGCAGAUUCUGCUUUCAGGUCACGUCCUUUGACGGCAAGAAAGUCGUGACGCUGCAGGCGGAGAGCAGGAAGGAAUGUGAAGAGUGGAUCGCCACCAUCAACAACAUCUCCAGGAGGAUCUACCUGAGUGAAAACGCGGAGGAGUUGGCAGCCAGAGUGAACCAGACGGCUCUGGAAGCGGUGACGCCGUCGCCAUCGUUCCAACAGAGACACGAGAGCAUGAGACCCAGCAGUAAAGGGCGAACGGGCCGAGCGAGCAGCAUCAGCUCCGUGGGCUCCGAGCCAUCGCCUGCGCUUUCUGUCCUCUCAUUGGACGCUCUGGUCGACCCGGAAACGCCCAUCCAGUUUGACAUCAUCUCCCCCGUCAGUGAGGACACCUGUGGACAGAACAAGACGGCAGCGCUGUCCGGCCGACGGAGUAAUCCAUUCGGAGAGUCGGGAGAGAACUCGCCAGAGGACAGUGAAGACUCCAUCCUCCACCAGCUCUUCAUCGUUCGAUUCCUCGGCUCGAUGGAGGUGAGGACGACCGAGUCGGUGGACGUCAUCUCUGAAACCAUGAGGCAGAUUCUGGCUGCCAGAGCGAUCCACAACAUCUUCAGGAUGACGGAGUCUCACCUGCUGGUCACCUGCGACUGCCUCAAGCUCAUCGAUCCUCAGACUCAGGUCACUCGGCUCCGGUUCCCUCUGUCCAGCGUAGUCCAGUGUUCGUCCCAUCAGGACAACAAGAGGCUGUUUGGUUUCGUCCUGCAGGCGGCGGCAGCGGGCGGGCGGGGCGACAGCCGAGUCGUCUGCUACAUCUUUGAGUCCAACAACGACGGAGAGAAGAUCUGCGACAGCAUCGGUUUGGCCAAACAGAUCGCCUUCCACUCGGAGAUGGACCGCAAAGCGGUGGAGAAGAAGAAGGUGCAGGACAAGGCCAAAGAGAAGCAGCAGGAGGAGCUCUGCAAACAACGACAGAUAGAAAAGGACCUCGAGGAGCAGAGUCGCCUGAUCGCCGCCUCGAGUCGCCCCGCCAACCCCCCCGCCUCCGACGGACAGUUCCUGGUGCUCAGCAGCAGCCAGUCGGAGGAGAGCGACCCCGGGGAGGAGGGGAAGAAGAGGGGUGAGUCUGAAGCCUGAUGGCCCUCGGAGGAUCACGGCUUUUUGGCCCCCAGGCGAGGCCCGGCUGGUUUUAGCUCAGGAAUCAUCGGAGAACGCGACCCACCCGCUCGGGCUGCCUGGGACUGAAAAACAAGCGUUUCCUCUCUGCUGGAAGUCUGCGAUGGAGGAUAAACCCAACGCACCCUUCACUACGGGGGAAGGAGAGAGGAAGACGAAACUAACGAGUUUUAAUCCCUGAAAAAAAAAAAAACAGCUGCUUUUCUACGACUCCACGAAGA